AUGCUUGCGCAUACUAAUUUUGUCAUUCAUUUAGGAUGGGCUACUGUGAUGGGUUGGAUUGCAGCAACAACAGCUGGUGCUUUCUUUACAAGCGAGCUCAUAGAGGGGCUCGCUGUUCAAAAUAACUCAGAAUUUGUUCCUACAGGCUGGAAAGGGACACCGAUAUUCUGGGCAGUGCUGUUUCUUUGUGUCUCUAUAAACGGCUUCUUGAGUCGGGCGCUACCUAUUCUUGAAGUUGCUAUUUUGGUUGUUCACAUUUUAGGAUUCUUUGCAAUAAUCAUACCGCUGGUUCAUCUCGGACCUCACGGCAACGCUAAAGAAAUUUUCACCACAUUUGUGAAUACCGGGUGGGAAUCCCAGACGCUUUCAUUCUUUAUUGGUCUGAACGGAAAUAUCGCGGCCUUCACUGAAGAGGUAAAGCAUGCUUCGCUCAACGUUCCGCGCUCUAUGCUACUGUCGAUCUUCAUAAAUGGACUUCUCGGGUUUGGCAUGCUCCUCGCAGUUCUUUUUUGCGCUGGAGAUCUUAACAAAGCAGCUGAAAGCCCAACUGGAUUUCCAUUCAUUGCCAUUUUUACCAAUGCUGUUGGCUCUGCCAAAGGAGCUAAUACCAUGGUGAGCAUUGUAGUCUUAAUGUCACUUGCCGGGGCUAUUGCGGCUUUAGCUUCUGCCAGUCGGAUGAUGUGGUCCUUUGCACGAGACCGAGGGCUUCCAUGGGCAAGUAAACUCAGCAGUGUACACUCAAAAACAGCGAUUCCACUGACAGCUAUUGUGGUAGUUACAAUUUGUAGCGCCUUAAUAGGGAUUAUCAACAUCGGAUCUUCAGACGCCUUCAACGCGGUCGUAUCCUUGGUGGUUGAGGCAUUCGCAACCUCUUAUUUAGUUCCGUGCUCUUUGCUACUAUAUCGACGGCUCAAGGGCCAGAUUCUGGAGCCAAAAGAAAGCUUCGAUGUAAUAUCAACAGACAAACAGCUAAAAUGGGGAGAGUGGAGAGCCAAGGGAUGGCUGGGAACAGCAGCCAAUGUCAUCACUUGCGUGUAUCUCUCCAUAGUCUGCUUUUUUGCCUUCUGGCCCGCCACCAAACCAGUCACUGCUGUCAAUAUGAAUUAUAGCUCGUUAGUUCUGGGCACGGUGGUCAUUGCAAGCCUUAUUUACUAUCUCUUAUGGGCCAAGAAAGUAUAUCAAGGUCCAAUCAUGGAGGUCAGUGUGCACGCAUUGUAA